AUGUCUGCGCCCCGUGUCCUGGUCCUGGGAGGUCACGGCAAAGUGUCGCUGUUUCUACAACCCCUCCUGCUGGCGAAGAAAUGGCACGUCACGUCCGUGGUGCGCAACGCCGAGCACGAAGCCGAGAUCCUGGCGCUGGGCAAGGACAAGCCCGGCACGAUCGACGUCCUGGUCGACAGUCUGGACGACGUCCAGGAAGUGAGUCACGCGGCGAGAGUGCUCGACAAGGUCAAGCCGGAUAUCGUCGUCUGGAGUGCCGGUGCUGGAGGCAAAGGUGGGCCUUCGCGCACCAAGGCCGUCGACGAGGUCGCGGCCAAGGCGUACAUUUCUGCGUCGUUGGCCAUGCCGAGCGUGAAGAAGUUUCUUCUGGUGUCAUAUAUCGCUUCCCGCAAAGGAUACCCGCCCUGGUGGACCGACGAGGACAAGAAGGCGGCGGACAAGGUCAACAAUGAGAUCUUGCCGCACUAUUACCAGGCCAAAGUCGAGGCAGAUGAACAUCUCGAGACGCUUACAAAGAAGCGGUUGGACGGUGGCGACAAGGACUUCCAAGCCAUCACACUACGCCCUGGGAGCUUGACCGACGCUCCUGGAACAGGCAAGGUCAAACUGGGCAAGACGCCGUCCAGAGGAAGUAUUCCUAGAGAAGACGUGGCUCGAGUCGCCGCUGCGCUUUUGGACCGGAAUGACACGCGCGGAUGGUUCGACUUGCUCGAAGGUGACGAUCCUAUCGAAGAGGCGGUGGAGAACCUUGUCAGGAACAACCAUAAUGGUCUUGAGGGGGAAGACAUGGAGCGCAUCUGGGCGAGGCCUACUUGA